AUGGGUCGUUACACAUCAUUCUUUGGAAGUUUGGCAAGUAGCCUGUUGGAAUAUGAAACACAAAAAGUGGUGCAAAUUCAUUCGAAAAAAGUGGGAAUUUUGUUCCGCCUGAUACAACUUGGCAUUUUCCUGUAUGUCGUUUUAUGGGUGAUGGUCUACGAAAAAGGCUAUCAAUCAUUUGAUCAGGCUGUGAGUGGGGUAACUGCUAAACUUAAAGGAAUUGCCUUUGCCAACGUGUCAGACAAUCCUUCCAUCGGGGCGUCCGUUUGGGACGCCGCGGACUACGUGAUACCUCCACAGCAGAACUCUGCAUUCUUUGUUAUGACUAAUCUGGUGUCUACACCCGGGCAAACUCUGACCACCUGUGAGGAAGCGCAUGAUGUGUACGGGAAUUCGUGUAAGAAUGACACAGACUGCCAACCUGGUCGUUUGGUCAUGACUGGUAGUGGAAUUCAAACGGGACGUUGUGUACCAUCAACGAGGCAAAAGAAUUUGCAAGUAUGUGAAAUAUACGGUUGGUGUCCCACAGAGUACGAUAUCACACCAAAACCACAUUUGCUAUCGUCUGCGGAAAAUUUCACUGUGAUUUUGAAGAACAGUAUCGAGUUUCCACGAUAUCGUGUAAAACGGCGUAAUAUAUUACCGUGGAUGGACAAACUGUACCUCAAAACGUGUCGAUAUAAUCCGUAUGAUGAACGCAUGAAGUUUUGCCCCAUAUUUCGACUUGGUGAUAUUCUCAAAUAUUCUGACGCAACAAAUAAGGAUAUUUGGCAAAACGGUGGAAUGGUUUCCAUUCAUAUUGAGUGGAAUUGCAAUUUGGAUUUCGAUGUGGAAAAAUGUGUGCCCAAAUACGUGUUCCGUCGUCUGGACGAUUUUGAGAGCCCCGUGGCACAGGGCUGGAAUUUUCGCUUCAGUCAGCACUACAUGGAGAACGGAAUACGUAAGAGGAAUUUAAUCAAAGCCUACGGGAUCCAGUUCUUUAUCACGGUCUACGGAACUGGUGGAAAAUUUAAUGUUUUAACAUUCUCCAUGAAUUUGGGUUCUGGUCUGGCCCUUUUGGGCAUAGCCACAGUACUGUGUGAUAUGAUUGUUCUAAACAUCACCCGGAAACGUGGACUGUAUCGGAGAGCGAAAGUGGACUUGGUGGCUCAGAAGAAACGUGAGAGAGAACGACUGAGUCGUAAAGCGCGUGUCCAUGUAAACCCAAGAGACACAAAUCCGACAGAGUUCGCCCAAUCAGAUCCCAGUAAUGGUGUUGGUGGUAGUGAUGACGCGAAUAAUUCGGCUGAGAACACCGUGUCUAGGAUUUCAUCCAAGCGAUGUGCAAAAGGGAAUCGCAUUCCGCAGACAGACCAGGGCAAUGUUGAUAAACUAACCGAGCCACCUAAUUGGACUGAUCAGUUGUGCGCAAAGCUCAGUGACAAGAAUGACCAGAAAAGUGGGACGAAUACGCAAAAUAAUCACAUUCCAGUCAAUCAGGCCAGUCUCAUGGGCCUGCAGCUUGUGAGUUCCCCCACGGAUGAUGUGAAUAAAUCCACACAGACUCUGCUUGUGGCUUCCCCUAGCUUUGAUCGGAGCUCAGCGAUCAGGGAUUACAACCCGUACUUACCAAAAACAGUAUCUAUGGCUUUCGGACCACCAAGUACGCGUAAAUGUGAUCUUUGA